AUGCUACUCUCGACGUGGGCGACCUUACUGUUCUCGGUAGCUGCCUCAUCUGCCAUUGCAACCCGUCGAAACUUCGAAUCGCAUGACUAUUUCGCCUUACACCUAGACGCGCUUGUAUCGCCACAUGCGGUUGCUCAAUCGAUCGGUGCCCAUCUAGAAGGUCCUAUAGGGCAGCUUCCUGACCACUAUACGUUUUCAGCCCCAAAAGAGCGCGGUUCGGCGGUGGAGAACGCAUUAUAUGAACUACGGAAGAGACGACGAAAACGUGGGAUCCAAAGUGGUUCUGGAAUCUUGUGGUAUGAAAAGCAAAGACUAAGGCCACGUUUGGCGAAGAGGAUACCUCCUCCGCCUGCCCCCCGACAAGGCCCUCCCCCUCCAGGCCGCCCUCAGCCGGAUCCCAUCGCUGUUGAAGCAUUAGACGACAUCGCUCGUACUUUAGAAAUCCAAGAUCCAAUAUUCAAGGACCAAUGGCACAUCUUUAACACAAUUCAGCUUGGCCACGAUCUCAACGUGACUGGGGUUUGGUUACAGGGAAUAACUGGAAAUGGUUCUAUCACUUCUGUCAUUGACGAUGGACUGGACAUGUACAGUCAUGAUCUUAAGGACAAUUACUUCGCCGCUGGAUCCUAUGAUUACAACGACCCUGGUCCUGAGCCGAGGCCAAGGUUAUUUGACGACAAACACGGAACUAGGUGUGCAGGGGAAAUUGCGGCGGUAAGAAACAAUGCCUGUGGGGUGGGAAUGGCAUAUGAUGGAAAGGUGUCAGGCAUCAGGAUAUUGUCCAAAGUAAUCAGUGAUGAAGAUGAAGCGGCUGCUAUCAACUACGGCUACCAAGACAACCAGAUCUAUUCGUGCUCGUGGGGUCCCCCAGACGACGGCCGGACAAUGGACGCUCCAAGCACCCUGAUUCAGCGAGCCAUGGUGAAUGGGGUUCAGCACGGCCGAGGAGGUCUCGGUUCCGUCUUUGUCUUUGCUGCCGGCAAUGGGGCUGCUGCAGGCGACAAUUGCAAUUUUGAUGGCUACACCAACAGCAUAUACAGCAUUACUGUAGGCGCCAUCGACCGUGAGGGGAAUCAUCCCUACUACUCUGAGCCGUGCUCUGCACAACUUGUCGUUACCUACAGCAGUGGCGGUAGCGAUGCCAUACAUACCACGGACGUUGGUACCAACAAGUGCUAUAUCGGGCAUGGUGGUACUUCGGCUGCUGGGCCAUUGGUAGCUGGAACAGUGGCACUGGCGCUGGGACUUCGGCCAGAUCUAAGUUGGCGGGACUUGCAGUACCUAUGUAUUGAUGCAGCCAUUCCGGUGCAUCUGGAUGACGGCGACUGGCAAGAUACCAAAAAUGGCAAGAAGUUCAGUCAUGUCUACGGUUAUGGUAAGAUUGAUGCGUGGAGGUUGAUUGAAGCAGCCAAGACAUUCGAAUCGGUCAAGCCCCAGGCUUGGUACAAUUCUCCCUGGUUGUCAGUACAGCGUGAUAUUCCUCAAGGCGAUCGUGGUUUGGCCAGCUCAUUCGAUGUCACGCAAGAAAUGUUGACGAAGGCGAACCUUGAGAGGCUUGAGCAUGUGACCGUGACAAUGAAUGUCAACCACACGCGCCGAGGCGAUCUUAGUGUGGAGAUGCGGAGCCCUCAUGGCUUGAUAAGCCACCUCAGCACAAGCAGGCGGAACGAUGCAGCACAAGCAGGCUACGUGGAUUGGACAUUUAUGUCGGUGGUUCAUUGGGGCGAGUCUGGAGCCGGCACGUGGACAGUCAUCGUCAAGGAUACAGAAUUGAACGAGGAAAAAGGUCGCUUCAUCGACUGGAGGCUCAAUCUGUGGGGUGAGUGCAUCGAUGAAGCCAAACAAACACUUCAUCCUUAUCCAGACGAGCAUGAUGACGAUCACGAAACCACUACGGGCUCUGUUGCAACCACAAGUGUAGCCGUUGGAACCCCUCCAACAGAUGUACCUGCAAUCCCCACCGACCACAUCGACCGACCUGUGAAUGCUAAGCCAACACCUAGCUCUUCCAACGGGACUCCCGGGCUAAGUUCAACGUCCGCGUCUGCUGCAGACAGUUCUCCUACGGCGAGUUCUGCCCCGUCGGAUAGUCUUCUGCCCUCUUUCUUUCCCACUUUUGGAGUGUCCAAAAGAACUCAAAUUUGGAUAUACGGUGCUGUUGCUCUGAUCAUAUUGUUUUGCAUUGGAUUAGGAGCGUACUUCUUCAUCCAGCGAAGAAAACGAAUCCGCAAUAACCCCCGUGAUGACUAUGAGUUCGAGAUUCUAGACACCCAGGAGGACAACGGAGGGGUGGAUGGUCAUGCAAGUGGUAAGAAGGCGAAAAGAAGAGCUGGCGAGCUCUAUGACGCCUUCGCAGGCGAAAGCGACGACGAACUUUUCAGCAGUGACGGAGAAGAAGAGACGUAUCGAGAUAUUCCGGACUCGGAACGUGGUCGUGGUGAGAAAAGGGCAGGGAGGAUGGAGUCAAGCGGUGACACUGGUCAUGGGCCAUAA